GGAUAACCCGGAAGUCUUCGCCGGGAGUAGCUAGUUGCUGCGAUCGCGUCCACUGCGCUGUCCGGAGGGGUGCGCUGCCGGACUGGCCAUGGACGAUACCCUGUUCCAGUUAAAGUUCACAGCAAAGCAGCUGGAGAAGCUAGCCAAAAAGGCAGAGAAGGACUCCAAGGCCGAACAGGCCAAAGUGAAGAAGGCCCUUCAGCAGAAAAAUGUGGAGUGUGCUCGAGUGUAUGCUGAAAAUGCCAUCCGCAAGAAGAAUGAAAGCGUGAAUUGGCUCCGCAUGGCAUCCCGUGUGGAUGCAGUGGCCUCUAAGGUUCAGACUGCUGUGACCAUGAAGGGGGUUACGAAGAACAUGGCACAGGUGACCAAAGCUCUGGACAAGGCCCUGAGUGCCAUGGACCUGCAGAAAGUGUCUGCCGUGAUGGAUAGGUUUGAGCAGCAGGUGCAGAACCUGGAUGUACACACAUCGGUGAUGGAGGACUCCAUGAGCUCAGCCACCACACUGACCACACCUCAAGAGCAGGUGGACAGCCUCAUUGUGCAGAUCGCCGAGGAGAAUGGCCUAGAGGUCUUGGACCAACUCAGCCAACUGCCUGAGGGUGCCUCUGCUGUGGGCGAGAGCUCCGUGCGCAGCCAGGAGGACCAGCUGUCCAGGAGGUUGGCUGCCCUGAGGAAUUAGCUGUACCCUCCAUGGAUGGCGCCUCCCCUGCCCUGUGAUGUGUUGGAGGCUCCUGCGCCCCUCCUCCCCCACUCCACUGAGCUCACCUUCCUCUGACCCUGCAGAGCUGCACAGAAGCCUGGCCUCAGCUCCUCCCACCUGCCCAGUCAGGUGCCUCAGAACUGAUCCUGUUUCUUUUAGGUGUAGGUGGAUCUUUGUCCUGUUGUUGAGUUUGCACAAACUUAUGUGUGUGACUCUGUAACUCUGAGCCACAGCUGGGAGAUUGACAGGCCCCCUGUAUCCUCUGCCUGUGCGCAGUUGACAGGGUCUGGCCAGUGAUGCAUGUGGACUUCAGCCCAGUACUGUGGGGCCUUCUCCAGUGACUGCAGACCUGCUACUUGCUGUGGGUCAGUGAGGGCAGGGCUGCCCUUUGCCAGGCAGCAUCUGGGGGCCUCUUUCUCUUCCCCUCGGCAGACAGAAGGUCCCACCACAUGACACACAACCCUGAGGAGGUGCCUGUGGACCUGUGUGUGCCGGAGGGUGUCCAGUGCCAUCAACACUGUCCUGAGCCCUUUACAAACAACGACCCCCUCCUCCUUCAUAGUUCCAGUGCUAGGGUCUUGGCUACCACUGCCAACUGGAUGAGCCUUCUCGGGCUUCCUGCCCUUGGCGCCCUCACCCAGCCUACUGGGAUAAGAAUCGUUGCCCAAUUCCAAGUUCAGGUGUGCCUACCUUAAGGGUCAUCACCUUCAUUUGUUGGCCACCCCUGGGGGUGCCUUGGGCCACUUGGGCUGAGCGUCUUCCGCAACCGGAACCAAGGCUCCUCAGCGCAGGCUCCUUCUUUCCCAGGUCUUUCCUGGUGCCUGUCCUCAGUGAGAUGCCAUCGUGUCUCCUGUCUGUAAAUAACAGGUGCCUCACUUGGCUGCUACCCUCCUGCCUCACCGUGGAAGAAGAGCAUCUGGCAAAUGGAGCUUGGGACAGUCACCUUUGCCUCAGCCAGCAUGGGGGUCCAAGGACCACCUGAACAGUGAGGAGCCAGCUGCAGGUGAUCAUGAGGCUGCAGGAGUGUGCCCAAGAGGCUUUGGGCACAGGCUGCUGUUCUGUUUUUCCAUUUGCUGAACUUCAGUCACGUUUUUGAAACUCGCAGGGUUUUGUUUCUUUGCCAAAGUAGAAAGAAAGCAGCAGAUGGGCGUGUUGGGUCCAAGUCCUCUUCCCAGCAUGAGUGGCGGUGUGAUCGUUGCUGCCACCCCAAAGACUGCAGGGUUAUCCACAGAAACAGGGAUUUACUUCGAGUCGCUGGGUUUGUUUUUUUUCUAUUCUGGGGUCCCUGUUUGUCCCAUGCUGGGAGUUGGUGUUGGGGAGGAAAAGGGGUGGUAUUGGAGGGUCCCAGAUAUGGGCAUAAAGGUACUGUCUGGCCAUGGUUUCCUCUAGGCUCCCUGAAAAUAGACCCGCAUUGUGGGUGUUGAGGACAGGAGCUGAUGUCCCUCAUGGGGAACAUCCGGGGAGCUCCCUGGCUCUCGGGUUAUAGAUUUUUGUAGAGUACUCGUGGGGAGGGGGAUGCCUAGGCCCAGUUCAUCAAAAGAGAGCAGGCGUGAUUGCCCUUUUCUUAAAAUGCUGUUAUAAGUAAAUAAAUGGAUUCCUGAAAACUUUCUCAAGCUUUGCUUUGGUGCCUUGGGUGGGGCUCAGAGCCACAAGCGAGACUCGUAGGAGGCUGAGUUCCGAAGGCAAGAGGG